AUGCCCACACUCUCCACAUCUCAAUAUAAUACUGGAAUUCCUAGCCAGAACAAGAAGCAUGUGGAUAUUCCAAGCUAUUUAAAACACUUAAAGCCAAGUGUCUUCCGAGAUGGAGACCUGGUAUUGGGUGGGUUUUUACCCCUUUACCACUUGGCCCAAGAAGCCUCCGUGUUCCCACGACCUUCUACACUCCCUGAAUAUUAUACAAAAGUACCUCAAAGAUGGUUUUGGAAGAACUACCAGUAUGCUCUAGCCUUUCACUUUGCCAUUGAGGAGAUCAAUAAGGACUCUCAUCUACUCCCCAAUCUGUCCUUGGGUUAUCAUAUCUACAAUGCCUUUCACAAUAAUCGAAGAACCUUAGAGAACUCUCUGAUGUGGCUGUCUGGGGGUAAUGAGAUUCUCCCUAACUACAAAUGCACUAUGCAAGACAAAUCAGUUGCCAUCAUUGCAGGAACCACAUUGGCAUUCUCAGUUGAAAUUGAAGCACUUUUAGAGCUCUACAAAACCCCACAUAUCACAUAUGGACCUUUUGACCCCAUGCUGAAUGACAAAGACCAGUUUCCAUCACUUUACCAGCUGGCUGCUAAAGACAACUUUCUUGCUCAUGCAAUGAUCUCAUUAUUGCUUCAUUUUGGUUGGACUUGGGUGUCCCUUUAUAUUUCUGAUGACAUGAAAGGGGAGCAAUUCCUUCAGAUUCUUAAAGCAGAGAUGGUAAAGGAAGGUAUUUGUGUGGCCCUAACAGAAAAGCUGCCUACCACUAGGACAAUAUAUGGACCGAGAGAAAUCACUUCCAUAACUAGGAUCAGAGUUUCAUCUGCAAAUGUCCAUAUACUGUAUGGUGAAGUAGGGAGCCUCAUAAUCAUGGACAUUUCGUCAGAACACUUUUUAGUCAUGGGAAAAGUGUGGAUAAUGACAUCAAAGUGGGAUAUUGUUGUGUAUGAGAUGGACCACAUGCUGCACUCCUUCCAUGGAAGUUUUUCACUGUCACCUCAUAAGAAAGAAAUUCCUGGCUUCAAAAAUUUUCUCAAGACAGUUAAGCCUUCCCAAUACCCAGAGGAUUUUUACUUUAGCAUUUUGUGGCUUUAUAGUUUUGAUUGUCUUCCAGCUGUGUCACUUUUUGGAAAAGUUGGAGUCUGCCAUCCAAAUGCUUCCUUAGAGUUUAUGCCAGGAAAUAUUGACAUCAUGACGAUAUCUGACUCCAGCCAUCACAUCUAUAAUGCUGUCUACACAGUGGCCCAUGUCCUUCAUGAAAUGCUUCUACAGAAAAUAGAAAUGGGAUCUCCAGGAACUUCUGACCAGCCUAAGGUUCUUCCCUGGCAGCUUCAUCCAUUUCUGAGGAAAAUUCAGUUUACAAGCAGUGCUGGGGACCACAUAUCCUUAGAUGAGAAAAUAAACUCUGUUGUACAGUAUGAUGUCCAAAACAUUGUGAAUUUUCCUGCUGGUCUUGGGUUGAUGAUUAAAGUCGGAGAAUUUGUCUGUAGGAGUCCACUUAAUCAAGAAUUGAUCAUCAAAAAGGAGAUGAUAGAAUGGCCUAUUGGAUUCAUACAGACUCCUCAAUCUGUGUGUAGCCAGAGUUGUGGCCCAGGAUUCUGGAAAAUUCCACAGGAAGGAAGACCUGUAUGCUGCUUCAUUUGUGACCUUUGUCCAGAAGGAUACAUUUCCAAUCAGACAGAUACAGUGCAAUGUAUUCAGUGUCCCACACAUGAGUACCCAAGCAAUGAGAAAAAUCGCUGCCUCCCCAAGGUCAUAACCUUUCUGGCAUUUGAGGAUUCUGUGGGGAUGGCUCUCACCUGCGCAGCUCUGGGCUUCUCGCUCAUCACAGCUGCCAUAUUAGGAGUUUUUGUGAAGCACCGUGACACUCCCAUAGUCAAAGCCAAUAACCGCACUCUCAGCUACAUCCUGCUCAUCUCCCUCCUCCUGUGCUUCCUUUGCUCCUUGCUCUUCAUUGGCCAUCCUAACACAACCACCUGUACCCUCCAGCAAACCAUGUUUGCACUUGUAUUCACCAUGGCAGUUUCCACCAUUUUGGCCAAAACCAUUACUGUCAUACUUGCCUUCAAAGCUAUGAAACCAGGAAGAACAAUGAGGUGGUUUUUGAUCUCAGGAGCUUCUAACUCUAUCAUUCCCAUUUGCUCCUUCAUCCAACUAAUUCUUUGUGGAAUUUGGCUGGGAACCUUUCCUCCCUUUAUUGACAUGGACAUACAUAUGGAACAUGGCCACAUCAUCAUCACCUGCAACACAGGCUCUGUCACUGCCUUCUACUCUGUCCUUGGAUACCUGGGUUCCUUGGCCCUCACAAGCUUCAUUGUGGCUUUCCUAGCCAGGAAGCUGCCUGACACAUUCAAUGAGGCCAAGUUCUUGACAUUUAGCAUGGUGGUGUUCUGUAGUGUCUGGCUCACUUUCCUCCCUGUCUACCACAGCACCAAGGGGAAGAUCAUGGUGGCUGUGGAAGUCUUCUCCAUCUUGGCCUCCAGUGCAGGGCUCCUAGGCUGCAUCUUUACCCCCAAGUGCUACAUUAUUCUUAUAAGACCUGAUAAGAACUCUUGGAAAGGUUUAAAGAACACAAUAGCAUCUAGGGAAAAUAGACAUACUGAGGGUCUAACUCAUAAAUCUUUAUCACGUAUUUGCCACCACUAA